GCUCAAAAAUUCUAAAUGCAAAUAUUGAGAAAAUUAAACCUUUUGACUGCUAAAAAUAAGCUGCUGUCAACUGGGUGUCAACUGGGACACCUCUGCAGAACAACUUGGCACACCUUUGGUCAUUGUUGAACUUUAUUAGGUGGUGGCAAAACUCCAUGUUGUAUUGCGUCUUUUCCACUUUCGAAGAAUGAAGGAUGUUGAAAAAAAGCUUUCUAUGCCACUAUGACAGAGUAUCAAAAGAACUUAUAGGAACAUUUAGUUAACAGGACACCUGCUAAAGACAGUUGAUACUGGGAGGCUUCAAAACUUAAUGAUUCAACGGCGGAAAAUUUGUGCCCACCCUGACCUCUUAGAGUCGGCUUAUGAUGGUUCAUACUUCUGCCCGCUAUAAAGCGGUGGACAGUGCAAUAUUCCAACGAAUUUCAGUUGCUAGACAAAUUGUUGGGAAAGCUAUUAGCUCGCAAACACAAAUGUAGCAAAGAUGGCAAGGAAAGAGGGCAAAAUGAAUGUCAGCAGCAUCGAUGCCUUAGGUGAUGAUCUUCUCCGAAACGUGCUCAGCAGAUUACCUUCCUCUUCUUUCGCAUUUGCUGCCUGCGUUAGCCGCUAUUGGAAUCAUGUCUGUGACACUGUCCUCUGCACUCCCAAACUCUCCUCUGCUCUCUCUAGCAAUCCUUCUCUCCAGGAAGCAGUUGAAGAGGUGUUCAACAAGGUAUUUGCAGAGCUGAUUCGACCUCAUUUUGCAAUUGUAACCGUCACUUCUCCCGAUUUAGAAGAGGCUCGUCAGUUGAUUACUAAGAAGUUAGGAUCAACCAUUCCAAUCAUUUACACAGCACCUACUGGACUAAUUGGAAGGGAUGCUGUUACGAAUGAAUUUAAAGAGCUUCAGUGGCAAGUAUAUUUUGAUCGAAAUUAUUCGUAUUCGGUCAGUUUUGAUGAUGAUGACAGUGCUGUCCGUCAGAGGCGAGUCAUUUGUUUGACUGUUGGUUUUUUACCGGGAUUGAAAGUUGCAGCAGUCCCACUCUUUCAGUCAAAGAUGGUUCCAUUUGUGGAUGAAUUUUUGGAAGAUAUUAGUGAAUGCGUUACAUCUGUUUCAGGAUGCAAGGCACCAAUUGGGAUGAUAUUAUUUACAGAUGAGAGUAUGGAUUCAGAUAAUCUUCUGCGAAAAAUGGAUUAUUCCAUGUCUCCAGAGACUGUCAUUGUUGGUGAUCGCUGUGGAGAGUUUUUAUGUGGAAAUGAUUCUAUGAACAAGAGAUCUAAGAGAAAAAGGCAACCUCUUUUUAUGGUUGCUGUUGCCCUACUAUUCAUGCAAGAUCCGAAUAAGCCUCCUGGCAUAGGUGAUAUUAAGCUGCAUGCUGCUUUAUCUGCUGGCUUAGUACCUGUAGGUCACAAAUAUGAAGUGACUUCUGUAAAUGAAAGCAGUGUUUAUUGGACAAAACUCACUGCGAGAAGAGAAAAUUCAGAUCAGAACCUUGAUGAGCAAACUGUUCGGAACAUUUUCGGAAUUGGAAAUCGACUUCUAUUUGAUGCUUAUAUAGGGAUUGUGAAGAAAAGAAAGGACAUUGCUGGGUUUGAAGAAGUAAAUUGGUUAUCAUCCCAAAUAUUUCAUGCAGUCCACGGGGUUGACAAGGAGGACCUGGUUGUUGAUAGUGGUGCUGAUAUUGAAACUGGUGAUUGUUUCCGUUUCUUUAAGGCAGAUUCUCAUAUGACAUCUUCUUCUCUUAGACAAGUCUCCGACAAAUUUAGAGAUUUGAAGAUAAGUUGUGAUGUCGGGAAUUCUGAUCGUCAGAGGAUUAGACCUGCUAAUAGCGAAAAAAUGACAAUCUUUGGUGGCAUUAUAUUUUCUUGCACCAGGCGUGGCAAGCCACUUGGAAAAGCUAAAUUAGGAAGCUCUCCUUUCUUGGAGAAUUUUCCUGAUGUCCCAUUGGCUGGAUCAUUCUGUAUUGGAGAAAUAUGUCGCGGGGAUUCAAGUUCAUAUGGUCAGCUAUCUGAAGAAGGUUCUCACCGGUGCUGCCUGCAUUACAACAGCAGUGUUUAUCUACUCAUGUCCUACACUCCAUCUUCGCAGGGAAGCUAGCAGUUUUUGUUUUAGAGUACUAUAAAACCACCUCAAGAUGAUUUCCCUUUAUUUGUUCUUGACUUGUUAAAUGUUAUCCUAUGGGUUUGUGUCCUUGUGGGCAAUGCGCUACAUAAAUUUUGAUUUAAACUAGGUAAAACUUGCGCAAAUUUGAAUUUAUGAAAAACUUAAUUAUGGUGCA